UCCGUACUCAUCCCAACCAAUGGCCACUACUCUGUACUCAUCCCAACCAAUGGCCACUACUCCGUACUCAUCCCAACCAAUGGCCACUACUCCAUGUACUCAUCCCAACCAAUGGCCACUACUCCAUACUCAUCCCAACCAAUGGCCACUACUCCGUACUCAUCCCAACCAAUGGCCACUACUCCAUACUCAUCCCAACCAAUGGCCACUACUCCAUACCCAUCCCAACCAAUGGCCACUACUCCGUACUCAUCCCAACCAAUGGCCACUACUCCAUACUCAUCCCAACCAAUGGCCACUACUCCGUACUCAUCCCAACCAAUGGCCACUACUCCGUACUCAUCCCAACCAAUGGCCACUACUCCGUACUCAUCCAACC